AUGGAGUUUAUAGGGAUAUCAGAGGUCAAUUUUCAGAAGUCUGUUCUUCCUUCCACCAUGGGAUCUGGGGAUCAGAUUCAGGUCACUUGUGCAACAAAGAUUAAGGCAACAUGUGCAAGGCAGCCAUUGGAACCGGGGCCCGGCCCUCCGGAGCGGGCGGGGGGCGGCGGGGCGGCCCGCUGGGUCUGGCUCAAUGUGGGCGGCACCUACUUCGUGACCACCAGGCAGACCCUAGGCCGGGAGCCCAAGUCCUUCCUCUGCCGCCUGUGCUGCCAGGAGGACCUGGAGCUGGACUUGGACAAGGAUGAGACUGGAGCGUAUCUGAUUGACCGAGACCCCACCUACUUUGGUCCUAUCCUGAACUACCUCCGACAUGGAAAGCUUAUCAUUACCAAGGAGCUGGCAGAAGAAGGUGUGCUGGAGGAAGCAGAGUUUUACAAUAUCGCAUCUCUCGUGUGGCUGGUUAAGGAAAGGAUACGAGACAAUGAGAACAGAACUUCACAAGGCCCCGUGAAGCACGUGUACAGGGUCCUGCAGUGUCAAGAGGAAGAGCUCACUCAGAUGGUCUCCACCAUGUCUGAUGGCUGGAAAUUCGAACAGCUGAUCAGCAUUGGCUCCUCCUAUAACUAUGGAAAUGAAGACCAGGCAGAAUUCCUUUGUGUUGUCUCCAGAGAACUAAAUAAUUCUACCAACGGCAUCGUCAUAGAGCCAAGCGAAAAGGCCAAGAUUCUUCAGGAGAGAGGCUCGCGGAUGUAAACGGAGAAUCUGAAGUUCCAGAACCCUGAAGGCAAGAGAGCGAUCGACUGAGCAGCUGUGAAGGGAAUCCUGCACCUGUACAGUAACUGAGCUACUGCAGAGCCAAGCUGCAAAGCCUGGUCCCGGAGAAGUGGUGUCCGCUGAGACCAGAGGAGCCCCACCCGCCUCGGACGGAGACGACAGUCCGCCUCUGGCUGCACGGCCCCUUUUCAGAAACCUACUUUUGUUUUCUAGCCAGUGUUAUGACAGACCUUCACAACAGCAUCUAGGAUGGGGAAAAAAAAAAAAG